UCUUGUUUGUAGUUGUCCAGUGUGUAAUAUAUGCAUGACGUCAGAGGUCGCGACCUUAACUUCAGUGCGAGGACACUCUAGUCAAAAUGGCGGAGACUGAAAACGUGUCGUUAAAACAACUGUUUUCAUGGAUUACAAUGUGGGUGUUGCAGAAAAUAAAUAUGCUCCAUUAACUAGUGGAAUAUGGGUAUCUUUCAACAAGAUGAUGCUGAGGUGUAGUUAAGUCAUUAGGGAAAGAACUUGACAAAACCAGUUCCUGUAUCAUUUCCUGGCUUAUGAUGAAGAGAUCUUCUUUUGGACUUAAAGUUGCACGAGCUGCACAGAGAGUACGUUUGGCUGCAAGUGGUGCCAUGUUGCGGGGACUGCGUGUCAGUGAUGCAGCACCAGCCUGCCCGGAUCAGACUACAGCUGCAGUUCGAUCCCCUGUCAAGUGUCCACAAUUGGAGACUACCUCCUAUAACACUGACGGGGUUGUACAUUCCGGCCAGAAUAAGAGCAUCAGUGUACGUGUGGCGGACAUUCAGCCAGACCAGAUGGACAAUGUCCUCUGCCUGUUCACGUACAGUUUGGAAGUGAAGUACUCCACAUGGAAAAUCACGUCCUCCAACCUCGAGUUUGAGGCUCUCCAGUUUGAGUUCUCUGACGUCACGUUGCCCAUAGUAACCGCUCAGUUCACCGUGACGAGUGGGAAGAACAGCGUUCCAUUGGAUAAUCCAAAAAAUAUCAAAGUCCGAAUCUACAAGUGUGGUACCAUGGUAACCAACUGCGGUCAGUGCCUUAGUAUGGACCCGGAAUAAGAGUGUAGCUGGUGUGUGGGUGCAAGCCCCACAUGCUCCCUGCAGACUUUCUGCCCUGCCUCUGACUGGCUCGACCGCUCAACUGUCUGUCCAAACCCUCAGAUACUCGGGGUACGUGUGGCCAUGAUGCAGGAGAUGAUGCCAAUGAUUCACCAUUAGAAGACAUGACGGUAACGGUGGCCCAGAACUCUGCUCAACUAGAGUUCUAGCAACAUUCUGACAUGCUCACAAACAACAAAACAUACUACCGGUGUGAUGUUGCCUUCAUUUGAAAAUAAAGAUAAAAGGUUACUUUGGAAAAAGUAAAGGUUCCAACAAAAAGAUUACAAGAGUUUUAUGAUGAAGACUGGAAGGAACAAAGUGCAAGCAGUCAAACAGCUGAAAGAGUCAGCUAGAGUUCAGAGGGAUACUGAAGAGCAACAAAUAGAAAACGACGACCUUGUAGAAGAUUGACGAUGAUGCCGAUUACAUACCAUCAGAGGAAAGUGACAGUGAUUGUGAAAGCACAGUAUAUCCAGAACAAGACACUGUAACCAUAUACAUUGAGGAAAGUUAAAAUGUCAUACAAGGAGAUGGAGACAAAGAACAUGUUGAAAUAAGGAAAUCCAGUAUCCAAGUAAUAAAUGUACAGAAAGAAGCCAUACACCUCAAAGAAGAGUAAUUUGUGUUAUUUAAAUUAAUGAUUUGGCAAUGCUUUGCACAUACUUAAAUAUGUAUAGAGCCAAAACGAGAACCUCAAGGUGCUUAAAAAAAAGAGAAAAUUAACAUUGUUGAUAAUAAGCUGUCAACUUUAGUGUCAUGUUUGUUUACAUUUUGUGUAUGUUUUGUGAGUAGUAUUUUGUUAUCUUAAUUGUGUUUAGCAACUAGUCCUCCAUGAUGCAGUGGUAGAGUACUCGCCUGCAGAUCUGGAUGUCUUGGGUUGGAAUCCUGUUACUGGCUUUGUGUGUUGUUUUCUAGAAAGUUGAAAUUCAAUAAAUGUUCUUAUUACACACAUUGAAAGCAAAUAAAAACAGCGGUAUAAUUUUGCGAGUUUUCAAUCAUGAGUGUUUAAUACAAAAAUCUUAUCUGUUCUAAUUAAUACUAUUUGUGAUUUGAAACCAAACUGAGCAUCGCGUAUCACAUUAUUUUCAAUGAGUUCCUAGGAUCAGUCUUCGUGGUGCGUCGUCAAACUUUAUGCUGUAAACACAAGAGGCCAAAUGUUUAGCUCUGUUUAAGCAAAGCUGGGUCAGAAGAAAAUCUAGAUUAAUAUUGGUAUCUUAGUAAAACCUUAUUUACACUGUAGUUGUCAAAUUUUGAUUGUAUCUUCAUCAAACCUACUGAAGUUGUCAAUUGUGAUUGUAUCCUCACCAAACCUUGUCAGAAUGUUUGUCUGAAUGAUAUGUAGGACAAGUUUUAACAUGGGUCAUCUGGGGCAAAAAACAAGGUCACUGGUUCAAUAAAUAUAUACUGAGUGAACAGUGAUUGUCAUGUGAGCGACCUAUGACAAUCUUGGCCCUCUUGGAAAUGUUAUAUUGAUAAGUAAGUCUGUUGUUUAAAACGAA